UUCUUUUUUUUUUUCUUCCUCUCUUUUCUUUCCACCAAACACACAUUGUCUUCUUCCUUCUUUUGGCAUAUAUUCUCUCAAUAUAUUCUUACUUUUCUUGCUGGGUUUCCUUUGUUCUAAUUAAUUUCCCAUACAUACAAACACACAUUUAUAUUUUAUAUAACUUUUUUCAUGAGUUCAUCAUCAUCAUCAAAAAUAGGAAUGAGUAGUCAAUUAGUUAAUCAUGAACAAGAUGAAAGGCCUCAUGUUUUGGUUGUGGAUGAUAGUUUGGUUGAUCGUAAAAUCAUGGAAACACUCUUCACCAACUCUGCAUGUAGAGUAACAACAGCAGAAAGCGGGCAAAAGGCAUUGGAGUUUUUAGGUCAAGGAGAAGACAGACACGCCAACAUCAACCACCAAGGCUCAAAGAUACAUUUAGUUGUUACAGAUUACUGUAUGCCAGGAAUGACAGGAUAUGAUCUCCUCAAAAAGGUUAAGGAAUCAUCUGGUAUGAAAGAGAUCCCGGUCAUUGUAGUCUCGUCUGAGAAUGUCCCUACUCGAAUUGAAAAGUGUUUGAAAGAGGGUGCUGAAGAGUUCAUUUUAAAACCUCUGAAACCGUCUGAUGUUAAGAAGCUAAGAUGCCACAUGCAGUUCACACAACCAAUAAGGGGAAGGAUUUGCAUAGGAAGAUAAACAAUCAAAGGCGGUUCAGAUAGCAAUCAAGGGAACAAAUUCAACUAGACUUCAAUAUCAAAAUCAUUUAGCUAAAGGAUUAUUCAAAUAUGAGAAAGUCAAAAAAUCUAUAUGUAGCUAAUGGCAAAAUUUCUCUUUGGAACAUUCUCAGGCAUGCUAGUGUAUCUAUGACUAAAGCUAAUAGUUUCUGUCCAUGUUAAUUCUGUUGCAUUGGUAUAUCUUGUCAAGUUGGACAUUAAAAAUGCAUCUAGAAAUAUGAAUAGAAACAUUUGGGACAAGCUCUGCUGCACUUUAUG